AAUAGAGAGGGGAGUCUGAUGACCUGGGGCCUGAUUUCUUUUCCUGUCGCCACACUACACUUUCUUUGGGAGUAUGUGGUGGUGCUCGAGAGGCGGUGCAGAGUAUUGGCCACACCCCCUAUUGCCCGCCCUUGACCUUCGUCGUCCCUGAAACCCUGAUUACUUUUUUUUGUUGGAAAAGCUCACACCAAGCACCUGAAAGAACACCUUGGAUAUUAUUUCUUAGGCCUUUAACCUAUUUAAACAACAGUGAGUACCUUCUGGGCUAUUGCUGUCACAGGAGUGUUUCUGAUCAUCAGCAUCUCAACCAUGUUUUCAAACGCCUUGCAGAAUAUCCUAGAAAUUACAAACUAUCAUAUAUAUUCAAACUUAUGCCAGCGAUUAAUAAGAAGUAAAAGGUUUUUCGGAACUGUGCCAACAUCCAGAUUGCGUAGGCGGGUUGUCAUUACAGGCAUUGGCUUAGUGACUCCUCUUGGUGUUGGAACUCAGCUGGUAUGGGAUCGUCUUAUCCGAGGAGAAAGUGGAAUUGUUUCGCUGGUUGGUGACGAAUAUAAGAGUAUCCCUUGCAGUGUUGCUGCUUUUGUGCCAAGAGGUUGUGAUGAAGGUCAGUUCAAUGAACAGAACUUAGUGUCCAAGUCGGAUAUCAAGUCCAUGUCUUCUCCCACUAUUAUGGCCAUUGGGGCUGCAGAUUUAGCCAUGAAAGAUUCUGGCUGGCAUCCUGAGUCAAAAGCUGAUCAAGUGGCUACUGGUGUUGCAAUUGGCAUGGGAAUGGUUCCUCUUGAAGUUAUUUCUGAAACUGCUGUGAUGUUUCAAACAAAAGGUUACAAUAAAGUCAGCCCAUUCUUUGUCCCUAAGAUUCUGAUCAAUAUGGCAGCAGGCCAGGUCAGCAUUCGGUAUAAACUCAGGGGCCCCAAUCAUGCAGUAUCUACAGCCUGUACCACAGGAACUCAUGCUUUGGGAGACUCUUUUAGAUUUAUAGCCCAUGGUGAUGCUGAUGUGAUGGUGGCUGGAGGUGCAGAUUCUUGCAUUAGCCCUUUAUCUCUUGCUGGAUUUUCCAGAGCCCGUGCUCUGAGCACAAACUCUGAUCCUAAGUUGGCAUGUAGACCAUUUCAUCCAAAAAGAGAUGGUUUUGUAAUGGGAGAAGGUGCAGCUGUGCUGGUGCUGGAAGAACACGAACAUGCUGUUCAAAGAGGGGCCCGGAUUUAUGCAGAAGUUUUGGGCUAUGGACUGUCAGGUGAUGCUGGUCACAUAACUGCCCCCGAUCCCGAAGGUGAAGGUGCCUUAAGAUGUAUGGCUGCUGCUAUAAAGGAUGCAAAUGUACAGCCUGAAGAGAUAACCUAUAUCAACGCACAUGCUACUUCCACACCAUUGGGAGAUGCUGCUGAAAACAAAGCUAUCAAAUAUCUCUUUAAAGAGCAUGCACAUGCCCUUGCCAUUUCCUCAACUAAAGGAGCCACAGGACAUCUGCUGGGAGCUGCAGGGGCGAUUGAGGCAGCGUUUACAGCUCUGGCUUGUUAUUAUCGAAAACUACCACCUACUUUAAACCUGGAUUGUACAGAACCAGAGUUUGAUCUCAAUUAUGUUCCACUAAAGGCACAGGAAUGGAAAACUGAGAAAAGAUGUAUUGGACUAACAAAUUCCUUUGGUUUCGGUGGUACUAAUGCAACACUUUGUAUUGCUGGCAUGUAGGCAAAUCAUAUGUAAUUAAACAUUGAUUUUUUUAAAAACGUUAUAAACGAAUUACAUUAAGAGGAGAAA